AUGACAACACUGGCUGCUAUUAUUUCUGGAAAAUCUCAUGUAAUCACUCUCAAUGGUGUCAUGCCAGUUGAUGGAUUUUGGAGGCCUGAGGAAAUACCACCUUUCACAGGCCAGAAGAAAGGAAGGCAUACUUUUGUAGUAGCGUCUGAUAGGCUGAAGGAAAAACAUCACUCCAGCAAGACAUUCAAGUAUCAAUCAGGCAACAUUCAAGCAUUUUUCGAUCACUCAGACUAUAAGAGUGACGCCUCAAGCAACUCAGACUUCACACCUGCUUUCCUCAACUUGCAACUGCUGGGAUACCUGCUUCUUGUGUCUUCAUGGGCCCCAAACACAUUAUCCAAUGUUCCAGCAGCUCGCAAGUGGAUUCAGCAGUCCAAAAAAUUUCCUGAAGGGCUUCCCUUGCCUUCUGCUCUUCAUGAGCUGUGCAAGGUGGUUUUGACAGUCCCUAAAGACAUCCUCAGUCCCCUACUUCCUACUGAUGAAAUGCCAGUAUCCAAACUAUGGAACUUCAAGAUGGCUUUGGUCCAGCUCAUCUCUGGCCAACCAUUAUCAUUUUUCCAGACUGCUUUUCCCAUUAAUUCUGUGGACACAACAGCCCCAAUACCCCCAAAAGAUUUCAUGGACAUUAUGAUGGUAGCUUUUGGUCAGGCCCUUCUCGAUGGAAAGCAGUCAAUACAUGAUCUGUUCUCCCAAGGGAAGCUCUUACCUCUCUGGAUGAUCAAAUUCUGGCAGGAGUUACAUCAUGUGCGCGCCAUCAGAGACAAGUGGCUUCAAGCCAACAAGUGGUUAGGUUCUAGAAUGUUUGGAGAUGGGCUACAAACAUUCAGAAGUGCCCGUAUCCAGCUAGACUGUCUCUCAUGGAACAAACUAAUCAUGGGCUCAGCUGCAUCUGGUCUGCAAAUGACCCUCAAUUACAAGGUACAGACUCCAACGUUGCCCUCGCUGAUACAAGUUUCGGCCACACAAUUCAAACUGCUGCAGACAGGUCUAAUCAUGUGA